AUGGCAGUCGGGGCCUCGAGAGAUAUCACCGGACAUCAUAGGCGUCGCAGCUCCGUUUUGACCGCUGCAGGUUCAUCCCAGGUUCAUCCGGCGCUCACCGACAGUUACGUAGAUAGGGAAGGCCGACUGAGUCCCAAAGAAGACGGAGCAAAAGGCGAGGAACAACAGCCUCUUACCAACAAGGAUCCCGACUCUUCAGAUCUCUCAUCUAUUGCAGAAUCAGAUGAGGAUGUGUCUGAUGACGGAAUUAACGAUGACGAGGAAACUGGUUUAACGGCAAAACAGCGAAAUGAACGGCGGCGGCGGCGGAAGAAGCAACGUCAACGACUAGAUGCGAAAAUUGCUGGAGUUAAGGGCAAACACAGCAAUUUCGUUGCGGACAAGAACGUUUUUAUGGCGCUCAUGAUUAAUGCAUCUCUGAUAGGCUUGUGGUAUUUCUUUUCAUUGUCGAUUUCUAUAUAUAAUAAGUGGAUGUUCUCGGAAGACGAAGUCGUGUUUCCCUUUCCACUGUUUACCACUAGUUUACAUAUGCUCGUUCAACUCACCCUCGCCGUCCUAAUCCUCUAUUUUAUACCUUCUCUCCGUCCCACACAUUCGCCGACUUCUUCUCCUACUCCCGAACCAAUUAUGACAAAAUCCUUCUACCUGACUCGUUUGGUCCCGUGUGGUAUUGCUACUACAUUGGAUAUCGGACUGGGCAAUAUGUCCUUGAAAUAUAUUUCUCUGACGUUUCUGACGAUGUGCAAGUCAUCGGCUCUUGCUUUCGUCCUUAUUUUCGCAUUUAUUUUCCGUUUGGAAUCACCUUCAGUGAAGCUUAUAUUGGUAAUUGCUGCCAUGACCAUUGGAGUCAUCAUGAUGGUCGCUGGAGAAACGGCUUUUGAUGCUCGUGGCUUUGCGUUAGUCAUCGCUUCUGCCUUUUUCUCGGGCUUCAGAUGGGGUCUGACCCAGAUUCUUUUGCUUCGACACCCUGCAACAUCGAAUCCGUUCUCUACCAUGCUCUUUCUUACACCGGUCAUGUUUAUCGCUCUGAUUGCCAUCGCACUUGGUAUUGAGGGACCAAGCGAGAUUGCCGAAGGCAUCAGGACAUUGGCUUCUAAUCGUGGAGCUUUCAACGGAAUCUUGCUUUUAGUAUUUCCGGGAGUCCUAGCAUUUUGCAUGAUAGCCUCCGAAUUUGCACUAUUGAAACGCUCUUCCGUUGUUACUCUCAGUAUCUGCGGAAUCUUCAAGGAAGUUGUUACUAUCAGUGCUGCGGGUGUCGUCUUCCAUGAUCCGUUAACACCAGUUAAUUUGUCUGGCCUGUUCGUGACAAUCGCAAGUAUAGCAGCAUACAACUACAUGAAGAUAAGCAAAAUGAGGAGUGAUGCCCACAAGGAGAUGAUAGAGCAACAAACGGAUGACGAAGAAUACGAUAUUACUCCCCCUCCUGGACAUUUGCACGACGAGCAUAUUGCAUUGAACGAUGAGCCGGACCAUGACUUUAGUGGUCGCAAUAGCAUUAGUUGGAAUGCUUACCAGCCCGAUCUUGAUGACGCUCUCGACGCAGCCCAUGGGAGGGCGAUGAGAGCGUGA